AUGGUUUCUUUGGACGACCGGCGGAGCCGCAGAGGGCCCUCCUGCCAGCGUCCUCUCGACAAUUUCAACUUGAUUCGGGUCGGUGGUGGAGGGUUGGCUUCUUGGCGGGCCAUCUUCGGGUGUGGCGCCUCUCCAUCUUCGUGGUGGCCAUGGCUGGGGGAGGCCUUUUUGGCUAGUCGCGGGCUUCUCCUUGCCGUCUAUUCCAAGCUCUGCCUUAGCAGUUGUUUGGGGCCGGAGUCUCAUAGCAAGCUCACUCUUGGGUCCAACCGAUUUCUGGUGUUGGGAUCGAUGGGCUCCAUCUAUUGGGGCUGCCUUGGUCUCGGAUGGGGAGGGGCGGCGGUCAUCGAUGCGUGUGUGGCUUGUGGUGAGAAGCCCGAGUUUUCUAACAGCAAUUGUUUUUGGAAGGUUUCUUGUUACGUGUUCGGUGCUGCUGCCUUAGGGCCUGGGGUUGCCGAUUUGCUGGCGGGGAGGAAGAAGGAAGAGGAAUCUAUCUCUCUUCUUGAAUCUACAAGCAAGGAGAGAGAGAGAGAGAGAGAGAGAGAUGCUUGGAUCGAGGCUCGGUCGCUGCUGAACACGGUGGCACUCGGCUCUCAGCGCGGCUCACGUGAAGCCCUCGGGUCGCGGUUGUGCGCGUGGGGCUCGCGGUGGUGGUCUCUUGUUGUUCGAUCACGGCUUCCCCUCGGCGAUGCAUGGUCGCCCGUGGGUGGAUCUGAUCUCGUGCGCUCGUUGCUCGGCAAGACGCAGCUUGUAGUGGCGGAAAGCUCUCGGAUAUCUGCAGAUUUGGUCUCCUAUUUUAGUUGUCUUUUGUCUGAUGAUCAUUGUUGGGUUCAUGUUCUGUUAGUUGCCUUGGGUUCAGAUGCUACUGCUCUGCCGGGCUGCUCGCGACACGGCGCGAUCACGGGGUGCGGGCUCAGCUCCUACGGGCGGGAAACUCGCCCGCGUGUGCUCGAUGUUGAAGGCGGCUCGCACAGCAAGGAUGGUGUCCAGAGGUCCUCGGUGGCUCGUGAACGUGGGAAAGAUGUCGGACGUGCGAGGGUGGCGUCUCGACUUGCUCGCGGGGGAUGUGCGGCUUUAGUGCGCGCGCGGGGUUGGCAGCGGUGGCGUGCGCGGCGUGUGGUACAGCGAGGGAUUUUCCCGGCGGUUUGGCCAAGUUUUUUCGGCGAAAAACUUUGA